UCCCCAAUUUUCACACACUCCUCUCUCUCUCUCUCUCUCUUUGCUUACGAACAAUCCUGGAAAUACCAUGGUCACCGACGUAACUUAUCUCUGUUCCGUAAUGAACCAACAGCAAGGGAUGAUGACUGAUUCUAAAUCAACGGCUCUUAUUACUCGUGACUUGCUCGGAGGAGGAGGAGGCCGUGGUGGUGGUGGUGGUGGUUGUGACCUCGAUUCCUCCAAAGAAUUGGACCUCGAUUUACAUGUUCCUUCCGGCUAUGAAAAGCGUCUCGACUUGAAGUCUGGGAAGGUUUACCUCCAGAGAUGCAAAUCACCAAACACAUCGUCUUCAUCAUCCGAUCAGAAACAGGAGAGCAACGAUCAAACGGUUUCCAAGCUUCAAGACCUCAACUUCCCACCAUCAUCAAAGAAGCAAUUAAACCUCUUUGAUGACAGCAGUUUAGAUCUCAACCUUGUCAAUUUAUCAUCUUCUCCACCAGCUUACAGAAGUGUUUGCACUUUGGACAAAGUUAAAUUCGCACUCGAACGAGCUGAACGAGAAACGGUCAAGAAACGAUCAAUUUCAAUGUCGAAAUCAUGCUCAUCUCCGACCUCGAAUUCAUCAUCUUCCAUUAAAGAAACGAUAGUCAACGAUGAUGAUGAUCACGAUGAACGAUCUUCUCAAGCUUACGCCGCUGGUUGUCCUAGUUGCUUGUUGUACGUUCUUAUAUCUCGAAGCAACCCUCGAUGUCCUCGUUGCAACAUGACGGUUCCAUCCCCGACCGCAAUGAAGAAACCCCGAAUCGAUCUUAACAUCUCAAUAUGAAUUAGUAAUUUGGGGUUUCGUUAAUUUUACUGAAAAAUUCAUAAAAUUCUUGUAAAUGAUAAUAGCUAAAAAACAGGGGAAAAUAGUUUUGAUUUAGUGAAAGAAAAUCCUCUAUGUACACAUUAUGAAGGAUUUCUUUUUAUUUC